CAGUCAGAGAGACGUGACUCUAACUCUUUACCUCAGAGACGUGACUCUAACUCUUUACCUCAGAGACGUGACUCUAACUCUUCACCUCAGAGACGUGACUCUAACUCUUCACCUCAGAGACGUGACUCUAACUCUUCACCUCAGAGUCGUGACUCUAACUCUUUACCUCAGAGUCGUGACUCUAACUCUUUACCUCAGAGUCGUGACUCUAACUCUUCACCUCAGAGACGUGACUCUAACUGUUUUAGAGCUCCACCAUCAUCAUGACCGUGUAUGAAGUUAGCAGCCUGCUAAUGGGGAGCGCUGUUGGGAACAUAAUCAGUGACAACCUGACGUUGGCGAUUCUGGUGACGUCAGCUUUCACUCUCACACUGGCGUAUUUAUCUAAAGCGGUGUUUAAACAGGCGCACGAUCGACGUGACGGACACAAAUAUCCUCCAUACAUCCCCUCCAGUCUGCCAUACUUGGGCCAUGCCAUCGCCUUUGGGAGAAGCCCCAUUGACUUCCUGGAAAACGCUCACAAAAAGUACGGACCUGUGUUCAGCUUUACCAUGGUGGGGAAAACCUUCACCUAUCUGGUGGGAAGUGAAGCAGCCGCUCUGAUGUUCAACAGUAAAAAUGAAGACCUGAACGCAGAGGACGUUUAUUCACAACUGACCACGCCGGUGUUCGGCAAAGGAGUCGCCUAUGAUGUCCCAAACCAUGUGUUUCUGGAGCAGAAGAAGCUGUUGAAGACUGGUCUAAAUGUGGCUCGCUUUAAAAGGCAUGUACAGAUAAUUGAAGAAGAAACAAGGCUGUAUUUCACCCGCUGGGGGGAUAGUGGGGAGAAAAAUCUGUUUGAGAGUCUGAGUGAGCUGAUCAUCCUGACGGCGAGUCACUGUCUGCACGGCGUGGAGAUCCGCAGCGUCCUCACCGAGAGUGUUGCUCAGCUCUACACUGACCUCGACGGAGGAUUUACCCACGCUGCCUGGAUAUUACCACACUGGGUUCCUUUACCCAGUUUCAGGCAGAGAGACCGAGCUCACGUAGCAAUCAAAGAAAUCUUUUACAAAGUGAUUGAGAAACGCAGGAAGAGUGCAGAGAAAGAAGACGACAUCCUCCAGACACUCCUAGAUGCCACAUACAAAAACGGCCGUUCUCUGAGUGAUGAUGAGAUUUCUGGAAUGUUGAUUGGUCUGUUGUUGGCGGGUCAGCACACAUCCUCCACCACCAGUGCAUGGUUAGGCUUCUUCCUGGCACGAGACUCUUCACUACAGAAGCGCUGCUACAGCGAACAGAAACACGUGUGUGGAGAAAACCUGCCACCUAUCACCUACGAACAGCUGAAGGAGCUGACCGUGUUGGACCGAUGUCUGAAGGAAACUCUGAGGCUGCGACCUCCAAUCAUGACCAUGAUGAGAAUGGCUCGAACUCCUCAGAAAGUUGGAGAAUACACCAUCCCUGCAGGACACCAGGUGUGUGUGUCUCCCACAGUAAACCAUCGGCUCCAGGACACCUGGACAAAUCGACUGGACUUUGACCCUGACCGCUACCUUGGUGAUAACCCCGCUGCUGAGGAGAAAUUCGCCUACGUGCCGUUUGGAGCAGGUCGUCACCGGUGCAUCGGGGAGAACUUCGCUUAUGUGCAGAUCAAAACCAUUUGGUCAACCUUGUUGGGCUUGUUUGAGUUUGAGCUGGUAGAUGGAUAUUUCCCUACUGUGAACUACACCACCAUGAUACACACACCCAACAACCCCAUCAUCAGAUACAGACGGAGGACAAAACACACACCAUGAUACAUAUACACACACACACACACACACACACACCCAACAACCCCAUCAUCAGAUACAGACGGAGGACAAAACACACACCAUGAUACACACACACACACACACACACACACCCAACAACCCCAUCAUCAGAUACAGACGGAGGACAAAACACACACCAUGAUACACACACACACACACACACACACACACCCAACAACCCCAUCAUCAGAUACAGACGGAGGACAAAACACACACCAUGAUACAUAUACACACACACACACACACACACCCAACAACCCCAUCAUCAGAUACAGACGGAGGACAAAACACACACCAUGAUACAUAUACACACACACACACACACACACACACACCCAACAACCCCAUCAUCAGAUACAGACGGAGGACAAAACACACACCAUGAUACAUAUACACACACACACACACACACACACCCAACAACCCCAUCAUCAGAUACAGACGGAGGACAAAACACACACCAUGAUACAUAUACACACACACACACACACACACACACACACACCCAACAACCCCAUCAUCAGAUACAGACGGAGGACAAAACACACACCAUGAUACAUAUACACACACACACACACACACACACACACACACACCCAACAACCCCAUCAUCAGAUACAGACGGAGGACAAAACACACACCAUGAUACAUAUACACACACACACACACACACACACACACACCCAACAACCCCAUCAUCAGAUACAGACGGAGGACAAAACACACACCAUGAUACAUAUACACACACACACACACACACACACACACCCAACAACCCCAUUAUCAGAUACAGACGGAGGACAAAACACAAACCAUGAUACAUAUACACACACACACACACACACACACACACCCAACAACCCCAUCAUCAGAUACAGACGGAGGACAAAACACACACCAUGAUACAUAUACACACACACACACACACACACACACACCCAACAACCCCAUCAUCAGAUACAGACGGAGGACAAAACACACACCAUGAUACAUAUACACACACACACACACACACACACACACACACACCCAACAACCCCAUCAUCAGAUACAGACGGAGGACAAAACACACACCAUGAUACAUAUACACACACACACACACACACACACACACACACACACACACCCAACAACCCCAUCAUCAGAUACAGACGGAGGGCAAAACACACACCAUGAUACACACACACACCCAACAACCCCAUCAUCAGAUACAGACGGAGGACAAAACACACACCAUGAUACAUAUACACACACACACACACACACCCAACAACCCCAUCAUCAGAUACAGACGGAGGACAAAACACACACCAUGAUACAUAUACACACACACACACACACACACACACACACACACACACCCAACAACCCCAUCAUCAGAUACAGACGGGGGACAAAACACACACCAUGAUACAUAUACACACACACACACACACACACAAACAACAAGCCCAUCAUCAGAUACAGACGGAGGACAAAACACACACCAUGAUACAUACACACACACACACACACACACACACACACACACACCCAACAACCCCAUCAUCAGAUACAGAUGGAGGACAAAACACACACCAUGAUACAUAUACACACACACACACACACACACACACACACACACACACACACCCAACAACCCCAUCAUCAGAUACAGACGGGGGACAAAACACACACCAUGAUACAUAUACACACACACACACACACACACAAACAACAAGCCCAUCAUCAGAUACAGACGGAGGACAAAACACACACCAUGAUACAUACACACACACACACACACACACACACACACACACACCCAACAACCCCAUCAUCAGAUACAGACGGAGGAUAAAACACACACCAUGAUACACACACACACACACACACACAGUGUCUCUCUCUCUCACACACACAUUAUAUAUAUAUAUAUAUAUAUACACUCUGUCUCUUCUCAGUGAUGUCAUUUGUAAAUAAACAGUUUUACAGAUAUUUACAAAUCCAUUCUGAAAUUUUGUUAAAGUGCGAAAGAGUUUAAAGGAAUAAUCUGUAAAUGUUCAGUUGAAAAUUUUUUUUUUCUAAGUGAAAUGAUCACACACACACUCACUCACACACACACUUUUGUAUGUGUUUGUGUUUAAAGACUACACAUCAGAGGGUUGUAACCGUGUCCUCACUCAAAACCAUGCCCAUAGAUGGCUAAUCUGAAUUAGCACUGAGUGUGAAUGUGUGUUCUGUGGGAGUUUUCCUGCCCUCCUGCUUCACGGGGUUCUCUGGAGCCACUGGGAUCCCGACCAGGAAAAGUGUUUCUUUAAUCACUGUUUUAAAGGAAUAAAAUUCUAAGUUAGAAAGAAGGUCAGGAAGACAUUGUAACCUGACCUUAAUUCUUCACAAGUCUCUUCAGGCAUAGAUUUGGUCACAUCCUGCAUGUGCUUGGCCUUUUUUGCGCUCACCCUUUUUGUACUCUUUGUGUGGGUUUUGUGGGUUUUUGUUUUUGCUUGUUUGUGAUCUGAGUCCCAUCCACACUCACACUUGCCUUCAUGAGUUUUGCUAAAACAGUAUUGUUUAAAUAAUACACAAUGGUAUAAUACAGCGUACACACUAUAAAACCUACAUGCAGUGUUUUAUUCCUCUUAACCACUGCAGCUUGCAUUGUUUUCAGUUGAUUAGUGUUGGUUGUUGUUUUACAACAACAUUCUUUACAUCACAAAAACCUGCACUUAUAACAGAGGCAUGUAGACUUUUUGUGCCCAUGUGACUGAGCUGUUACAAACUCCCACACUGCUGUGAAAAGAAGGUGAUGUUCCUGAGAGACUCUACAGGGCCCAAUGCAUGACCCUGUUAGAGUCUAAAAUUCAUGGACAAUGUGCAUAAUGACAGUGUGAUCAUCAGUCUGCUCUCCUCCCUCAGAAGGUCUCAUCCCUACACUGAGAACUUCUCCUGGGCUUUAAGAUUAUGGCCUAAAAUGUAAACCAAUAAAGCUUAAGGUUCUUCGGAGUCACACACUGAGCUAGCUACAUAGAUUUGACCAUCUGAUUUCACUGUGAUUGACAGGAGAAAUAGAGUAAACCCCUCCCACCCCAGAGGAUGGCCAGUUUUACUCUUCUGGCUUUUGCUGUCAUUGAGACCGAGAUUUGUUUACUGUUGCACCACUCCGGAGCCCAAAAAUGUACUUUUCUGUAAAUAUUGUAUGAUAUACAAAAUAAGGAACAUCUCGGAUCUAUAUUUUUCCAAAACUGUCACUUCCAUAUAAUUUAUUAAUGGUAAAAUUAUGAAUCCUGUGUUCCCUAAAAUCAGUUCUGUGAGGCUGACAAUAAGAUGCAAGGACAAAUAAAGAAGAGUAACAUGUUUAAAUAAGAUAAAAUAAAUGUUAUGUUCAUGGAAGAACCUCCGAUACUCA